AUGGUGGAUAACGCUGCAGGAGGAGAUAUUGGUAAUAGGACAGCUGAAGAGGUCAAGAACAUAUUUGAGACGAUGGCAUCAAAUUCUCAACAAAAGAGUGCUAGAGGAGAAAGGAAGGCAGCCGUCAAUGAAGCUACGCCAAGUUAUAAUGUUACAAGGCAACUUGCCGAGUUGACUAGGCAAGUGGAACUUUUGAGGGCUCAUGCUAUUUCUAUUCUUAGAAGUGGCAAAGUGGUUGAUAACAAGGUAGAAUAUCCACAGGCUGAUGAAUCAAGUUCUCAAGAGGCAGAAUCAAGCAAGUCGGGAGAAAAGAAUGAGGAUGCAAAGAAAGAAGAGGAGAAGAAGGAUAAUGGGCUUCACAAAGCUGCUAAUCCUUACACACCACCUAUACCUUUUCCAAGCCGACUAAUAAAUGCAAAGCAAGAUCAGCAGUUUAAUGACUUUUACAAGCUGCUAUCAAAAGUGAAUGUGAAUCUGUCUCUACUUGAUGUGAUUCGGAAUGUUCCAGCGUGUGUAAAGUUCUUCAAAGAACUAGCAUCGAAUAAAAGGAAAUUCGCCGAUGAUGAGAAGAUUGUGGUGUCUGAAGUGGCAAGUGCAAUAUUGCAGCAUCAACUUCCACCAAAGCAGCGAGAUCUAGGAAGCUUUGUUAUCAAAAUUGCUUUGGGGAACGGGAAAGAGGCGUCAGGUAUGUUGGAUUUGGGAGCAGGUGUUAAUCUAAUGCCAUUUUCUAUAUUUGAGCAACUUGAAUUAGGGGAUCUUAAACCUACUCGUUUGUGUUUGCAAUUAGCUUAUAGGUCUGUUCGGUAUCCUAAAGGGAUUGUCGAAGAUAUAUUAGUUAAAGUUGGUGGUUUAAUUAUUCCCGUUGAUUUUGUUGUCUUGGAUGUGGGAGAGGUGAGAGAGAAUGAAAAAGAGCAUACUUUGUUGUUAGGUAGACCGUUUAUGGAAACAACCAACACGUUAAUUGAUGUUAAGAUGGAACUUUAA